GUUACAUAUUAUACGGUUCGCCUAGUUCAACAACAUUUCGACUCAGAAAACUGCUAUGAAGGGAACGAAAAUCAUUCUCAUCUUAGGUCUAUGUGCCCUUGGCUUGCUUCAGGCGGCUACAGCAACAACCAAGUGGCCAAAAUGUACGAACCAAACGGAUCUUCUGGAGUAUUACCUGGGUAUUUUUGAAAGAAAUUCACAAAAUUCCGCCGUCAAAAGAGAGCUGACCUGGGACCUCAGCUGCAUUCAUGCUUCCAUCAUCAAAGACGAGGAUGACGUGUCGCAAUUCUCGUAUCAAAUUUACCAGUGCUGUGGUGAAUGUCAAUUUCCAACCUUUUCCCUCUGCACGUUGGGGGGCUACUCUAAUUGGCUGUGCGGAAGCGAGGCUUAUGAUUGCGUGUUCUCAUGUCGUGAUGAGGAUAGCGUGCUGGAAGCUGUUGUGUCCGCUGGCGCCAUGGGUUGGAGCAGAAAACGGGAAGUAAAUAUCACCGACAGCGAGGCUACUGUGGUCAGAAAACGACUACGACGCUUAAGAAAAGAGAAAAAAUGCUACAAAAAGACGUGCACAAUGAAAAAUGGAGAACGCGAUUGCUGCCUGGUCAACACAUGUGUUCCAGUCACGGAUCUUACGAAUGAGUUGGAAAAGAAGAAAAAAAUUCGAUCAAGGUAUUUGAAAAAAUUGGCAAGAGCAAAGACAACAGCUAGUGCAAAGAAGAAGCGAGGACACGUUCGAGGAGGGAUGGGUUUAUUGGAUAAUAUAUAAAGUGGUUAAUGUCUUAAAUAAGUAUUGGAUGAUAUUUUUGAUGUAUUUUAAUCACUGUUGGUGAAAUAGACUUCAUAUGUGGCACAAGUAUACGACAUACAUUUAUUGUAAUCAUUACGCAUCCAUUUAAUUAAGCUUGUAAUUUGAUACUAUCAUUACAUAUU